CGUAUCCUAAGGACCCUUACUCCCAAGGUUUAGCCCUUUCCUUGGAUCCAUCAUCGCCCCGCGCGUGGCAGCCACUGCACGAUGCGGCCUCCUCGCGUGGCUAUCCUCGUGCUCUUCUGCUCCGCAUCCCUCUUCCUCAUCUAUCGGUCCGUCAGCUCGUUCGGCCGCCCGCGCCCGGCAGCUCAACCCUUGGCCGCGCAGAAGUCGUCGCUCCGCGCCUUCUUCUCGUUCAGUGCGCCGUUCUCGCUAUUUCCACCAAACGCGGCCAUCAGCCUUACCGAUGACAACAGCACCUUCUUCCCCGCCCGACCCGCCGCGUUCGGACCUCCUUUGCCUGCUAGCGGCCUCAGCGGACAGUUGUGGAUAGGCAGUGGCUUCUCUGAAGAGAGUCUCCAGGACGGCGAUGGAGAGGGCGAGUUGGGAUGCAGCGAUAUUCCCGGUUGGGAGGAUGGUAGGUCUCAGCCUGCCCUCCAAGUGGCAGAGCGGGGCUCCAUCAGCAACAAGCGCGCCCACGGCGCAGCCGACGGCAGGAGCCCAAAGGCUGAUUUGGGAAUGGACCCUGUGGUCGAUCGCGACGCGGUUGAGGAACCAUCUGAACGCGAGUCCAAGCCCGUGAACGACGGAACAGAUGACUAUCUUCACCAGCAAACGCGAAGCACUCGGAGCGAAGGAACGACGACCUCGGCAUCGAGCCAUGCUGAUAUCCAGUCAAUUCAGGAAUCGGCCGAGAUCACGGGAAAGAUUGUUCUCCUUAGUCGAGGCGGUUGUGGGUUUCUCGAAAAGGUCAAAUGGGCGCAGCGACGUGGAGCCAUCGCUGUCAUUGUCGGGGAUAACCAGAAGGGGGGACCUCUAAUCCAAAUGUUUGCCCGGGGCAAUGUGGACAACGUCACAAUUCCCUCCGUUUUCACAUCCCGUACGACCGCCCACCUCCUUUCCUCACUCACGCAACCCGGUAGUUUCAUCGAGGAUACUCUUGACGAGCACGGCAAGCCUAAGCUAAGCGUCCAGCGCUCGGUCAAGGGCGGAAAGGAUCAGAGGUCGAGAGACAGAGUGCUCUCCGCCAAGGCUGCGUCCAGAACGUCGGCGCUGGCGUCGCCUGCCCAGCAAAGCCCUCCACCUGAGAUCGCAAGAUCUACCCGUGUUCGAAGAAGUUGGAUUUCGCGAAUUUUCCGUUGGAGUGGCGAUCAAGGUACUUCCUCCGACUGGGGACGAACCCGAAGCAGCGCCGGCUCUGACCGGGUCUUGGUCGACAACCCGGACAACAACUUGGACAAGCCUACCAAGAAUAGCCUUGGCAAGACGGCAGAAGGUGAAGCUCAGGACGGCGGCUCCCAUAUUGAAACUCGGAACUGGCGCAAUUCCGACCUGCCUGGACGCACCGCGAAGAGGAACGAGGAUUCGACAACAAGGAAGUCCAUCAAUGGCGAUGCCCAGCUUUUCCAUUCAGCUCCUUCGGCCAGGCAAGUUGGCAAGGCAGGUCGUGGCCCGUCUGCGGAUAUCGACAGACCAGAGGGUGGCAUCAACGCCCCAAGGAGUGGGCGAUACAAAGCAAGCGCCGUUGAAAACGCUGCUACGCACAGUCCUGGAACGUCUGGUUCCUCUUACCCCCGAGGGCGCGGGCUCUUCCCCAGGAUCUUCGGUGGCGAGGACGACUCAAAACAUAAACAAGAUCAAAUGUCAGACAAAAGCCAAAGCCCUCCGGCCACCAAUCCGGUGCCGGUUCCUCCAUCCGCAGGUGGAAAUGAGGCGCGCGAGGGCCUUUGGGUCACCAUCACGCCUACUGGCAGCGCCAGCCCCUUUUUCGACACCCUUUUGGUUCUAGUGAUCAGUCCUUUGAUAACACUGACAGUUGUGUACGCGUUACUCAUUCUUCGGGUCAAGAUUCGGAUGCGGCGUUGGAGAGCGCCGAAGUCAGUGAUAGAGCAGCUGCCGGUACGGACAUAUCACGCAGUCGCCCCGUCGCCGACACAGUCGCCGAGGACACCGUCGCCAGCGAGCUCCUCGCCCACCACACCGUUACUCCAAGGCUCUUCUCGGUCGCGACCUCGAUCUCGCACCACCACAGAUGUCCCAGAAGCCGCAGCUUUGCUGGGGCCCGACGGCGUCUCGCCGACGGCAAGGACGCGUUCUCGCGAGAAGAAGAAGCCAAGCGGAACAUCAAGCCAAUGGAGAAAGUACAUGGGCAGACAAGUGGAGUGUGUUGUCUGCUUGGAAGAGUACGUCGACGGUGUCAGCAGGGUCAUGCGCCUUCCCUGCGGACAUGAAUUUCACGCUGAGUGCAUAACGCCGUGGCUUACCACGAGACGGCGCACAUGCCCAAUUUGCAAGAGUGACGUUGUCCGAUCGCUCGCUCGCCAUUCUUCGCCGGGCCCGCAGUACGAGCCGUUCCGGGAGGAUAGCUACGAUAGCAGCGGCGAAUCCUCGGAUACUUAUCAGAACAGGCUCCCUUCUCCGAACCGGGUGGAUGAUCUCGAGCGGGGACCCACGUGGACCCAGGCAUCCAGACAGGAGUGGCAGCCGGCCCGCCACGAUGUUUGGUUCUCUGCCCUGACUAGCCGCUGGGCGGGCAACUCAUCCUUUUCGAGGGAGCGGGAAGCGUCAGGGGAAGACGGUGAUCGUCGUUAAGCCCUCUCACGGUCUACUCGGGUUGGACACUCGUGGACGAGGCGGCAGCCGGGAUAUCGCUAGUCUGCCUUCUUGCAUUUUUGAAUGGGUUAUUGGCGCUCGGGCAUUGCGACGGACGAGGGAAUGAAUGGGCUUUGGGUUCGGGAGCUUUCUGCCGGGCGCUCUGUUGA